UACAGGGCCAAAGCUAUUCAGUUCACUGUCAAGAGGGAUUAGAAAGUAUGAGGCAACCAAAGCCACUCGUCAAAGGUGUACGAGUCUCAUCUGCAGCAUAGCCUUCCUACAAACGCCUUGGAACAGCAAAAGCUAUAGUGAAGGUGCAGACAUGGAUGAAAAAUACCUUGCCGCUAUAGAGGAAACGGAGACUGAUAUUGCCCUCGCGUGGGAGGCACGUGGAUUCUACAGUGCUGGACACCACCAGAAGAAUGAUGUAGAUGGACAGCUGAGGUUUCAUUUCUUGUUAGCAGGAAAGAAGGAAGACACGGACUGUCUGAAAACAUCUUCCAACCCUAACAGCAUCAGUUUCUUCAGUUCUCGUCAUCAGCAUCAUUCUGUAUUCAAGUCUUCCCCCUGCACUGAUGUAAUUCAGAGCUGCUUUGGGAUGGCCUCUUGGGGUUAAUGCGUGCAGUGACUGAGUUCUGUGGUCUCAUACUUGUGAUAAGGAUCAGCAUGCACAACUCAGCAUGAUGAACUGUCUGCACCCAAGUGGCAUAGGAUUGGAGAAGCCAGUUGAGUGGAGAAAUCUUGCACGGUUUAAUCUAUUCCCCAGGGCCAGGUCAUGUGUAAGUACAUAAGGGGGGUGCACCAGGAUCUGGGAGAACAGUUGUUCACCAGGGCUCCCCACAGGAUGACAAGGUCUAAUGGCCACAAACUUCUGGAAGGCCGAUUUAGACUGGACGUAAGGAAAAACUUCUUUACAGUCCGAGUGAACAGAUUCCCCCCAGAAGUGGUGCAAGCACCUACUCUGGACUCAUUCAAAUGGGGUUUGAAGGCUUAUCUUGUAGGGGUCAUUUGACCCCAGCAGACUUCCUGCCUAUAGCAGGGGGGCUGGACUCGAUGACCUCGCAGGGUCUCUUCCAGCCCCUAAUAUCUAUGAAUCUUUCUGCAAGGACAGGAAUGUUCAUUCCAGCACUUUGGUGAAAUCACAUAACUGCCUUUUGACUCCAACCUCGAGAGGCCUUCCCGGUUUGCUUCGUGGCUUUCUGUCCACGUGUUUCCACCUCCAAGGUGGCUGUGUGUUAAAAGUGAAUAAAGCAGUUCAUAUAUAUGUUGUGAUGCUUCACAAUAAGCAACGCUACUUUGAAAUAAAGGAACUGCGUCUCUUUUUAGGCAAAUUCGGCAAAAUGAAUCUAGUAGUCUCAAGAACUGGUAUAAAAUGAGGUCAAGUACAACUGAGGAGUCAGCAGGGCGUGCUCUUGCACGUUGGUCUCCCACUGAACCCAUCCUGCAGCCAGCUUUCUGCAAAAACAGUCGAGAGAAAGCAAAAGCAGCAUACAAGUUAGUGAAACAGUGCUUCUGCAGGCCAGGAAACGAGCUGUGGUAUCAGACUGCCUGGUAUAGGCUCAGAGGUGUCUCACUGUGGACUGGAAAACAGCACUGAACAAAGCAGCAGCAGAGUUGCACAAUCAAACUGAAAAGCUCCAGAGCAUGCAGUUAGGAAGAGCCCCUUGCUGCUGAAUAAAGGCAGCAGAGAGUAAGAGCAGCCAAGAGUGUCUGGUUCUUUGACAGAGAAGAGGACAUGGAUGGAUUUCUGCCUAGCUUCUGAAUUUGUGCCAAAGCUUGGCCUGAAGCAGGAUUCGAAGCGGCUCCUGCUAUGGCUCCGCUCCCUGGCGAGGGGGUAGCCAGGCCCCAUCUCUCUCCUGUCAGUGCCCUGCUGGCCGUGGCUCUCCUGGGCGUCCUGGUCCUCCUCUCUGCCCUGUGUGCUGCCUGCCGAAGGAAAGGCAAGAAGAAGAAGGUCCUGCCGGACGGGGUAAAGCUGAUAGAUGAGUCUCUGCUGAGGCAGACACAGCUCCGGUCGCUCAGUAAAUCGGACACCAAACUGCACGAGCUCAACAGGGUGAAGCUGCAGAAAGACAGCCACAGGCCUGUCAGCAUGGAUUUCCUCUACACGUCUGGGCCUUCGGGUGAGGGAGAGAGCUCCAUGAACAGCUCAAGCAUCAGCAUCAGCGUCCUACUGCGCAGAGAGCUGCCCCGGAUCCCCCUGCCCCACUCUUCUGCUGAGACCCCGAGCCCGGACCAGACCUACUCCAACUUGGUCUUCUCUGCCACGCAGAGGCCAGCCCCGGAGACGCUGUACGAGCCUGUGGUGGCGAAGCAGGGAGCACCGCAGCUGGUGGCCAACUUGGCAUCCUCAACCGAGGCCGCCCCUUUGGGCAGCGAGGGCAGAGUGGUGACAGCUGAUUACGCCUGCGUCCGCAAAGUGAAGAAACCCCAGCCCGAGCUGUGCGAGGUGAUGCCGGGCGAGUCCUCCCAGAAGCCUUCGGACGGCCUCCCGGGCUGGGGAGGAGCUGCCUGCAGCCCCCCGACAGCGAAGGUGGAGGAGAUGUACUCAACGGUGUGCAAGGCUGGCAAGAAGAAAGCCCAGGACUCCCCGUGUGCAGGAAGGGCUGCUGCGGAGGUGGGUCCCAGAGACCACAGCUGGCCAGCGGCAUGCCAGGAAAAGGGCAACAGGGCAGGGUACCCAUCCACCCCAACUUGCCCCUUGCUCAUCGAGCCCUGCUACGAGUCCGUUGAUGACAGCCCCUGGGCCAAGCGUGGGAGCAGCCCAGCCCCGGAUCCAGACUAUGCAGAGGUUGACGCCAAGUGGAAGAAGUCGGAGAGAAAGAGCAAGUCUCCCCGGAGCUGCCCCAGCGAGAACUUCUACGAAAGCGUCAGCGACCUGUGGGAAGGGGAGGCAAGGAGAACAAGUACCACAAAGGUCCACAAUGGGUUGGAGGUCUUCAUCACGGGCUUAUAGCCCCUCUCACACAGCUGCCCCCUUCCUGGCAGCCCCGGGGCAGCCCCUCUGCACUGCCGUAGAGACCUCCACCUGCCCUGGAGGUCAGCCAUCCAGCAAGGUACCACAGGGAAGUCCUGCAAACUAUAAUCCCUUUGGUGCUUUAGGGCACGCACCCAUCUCUGACUUUCCUGGAGAGACUAUCCCAUGACUGCUCUCAGCUUCCUCUGAAGCAGCUGGUGCUGGCCCCUUCUGGGGGCAGGAGACUGGUCCGGAUGGGAGUGUUUGGGUUGAUGCUUCUUGGGGUUUGUGUCCAUUGUAGAGGGACAUGGACCCCCAGCUCAGGCACCUGCCCUGCCUGUGACUUCAGGCAGGGUCUGGAGAAGAAGAGCGUAGAAACCUAGUCUAGGAAAGGGGCAGCUGAGCUCAUGAGGACGCUUCCUUCUAUACUGUACUCCACCUUUGUAAGCUUAUUAUUCUGUAUGUUAUAGCCGGCAGGCUCACACUGCCAUAACUGAGAUACCCAGCAGCGGAGUAGUCUGGAUUACCUGAGAACGUGCGUUUCACGUGAUACGUGUGGUCUGUCUGUUUCUUGUGAGAUGUGAUGGCCUCCCGCCCAGGCCACCCGCCUCUGAUUAUGGGCUGCCCAGAGAGAUCACAAUUCGUGGUGCUAAUUGCAAGGUGAAGCCAAAGUUUGCCAGGUCUCUGUGUCACGCUGGAGAGUGCAGGGCAUAGCCAGAGCCAAAAGGGGUGCAAUGCACAGAGAUUGUCACACUAGGGCAGGGGACCUCCCGAGGGACGUGGGGCCAGCUCACUGCAGGUCCCAGGGCAUGGGGGAAGGGAUUGCACUUGGCUACAGCCUCCUGCAGCCCUCUGUCCCUCUGGGAGCUCACCCUGAGUUUCCUGAGCGAUAGAGCCCUGCAUGGGGACGCAGGGGCCAGAGCUUAUUUCUAGCUCGACCACUGGGUGAGUAAGGAAACAUCACAGUUCAGUGCUUCCUCGUGCAAAACGGGAAGGAUGUUCCUGGCCUCCAGUGCCAGGCGCCUUGAGCAAGGGUCAUCAAGUCGGUCCCUUGCAGGCAACAACGUCUUCUAAGCCUGUUUGCAAGCUGCUGACGGCCGGGGGGCGGUUGCAAGAGAUGCAGGAAGCCCUCAGCCCUUGGCAGAUUUCCUAUCUGAGAAGAGCUACGGUCGUAUUGUUCAAGCCUGAGAGUUUUUUUUUUUUUAUACAGGAGAAAGUUCCUUGGUAAACUUUCCCCUAACAUGCUGACCUGUGUCCUCCUUGACUUAUCCCUUGUCUUUGUAACACUGGCGGCUGCCCAUAGGGAUGCUGCAGGUCCAAUAAACACGACAGCAGGAUCUGAAAUGUGGUGGCCUGUUUGUGUUCCCAAAGCCAUGCCGCUGCGAUGGCCUGGAGCCCUGCUGUGGGAUAGGUUUUACCCCUGAAGCAAGCCCUGAAUGCAGAGCGGAGCCGGAGGAACCAGGCCACGCGCUGCGAGGGGAUCUGUGCCGCCUCCCAAAGCCUUGGGGCUGUUGUUUUCUCCGUCUGCGGGGAGGAACGAUGACAGGAUCUGCCUGUUUCUGGUUCCACCGGUCUGAUCAUCUCCCGCCUUCCCCUGCGUUCGCUGGCUGCCGGAGUCCCUGGGUGUGCUGUGAGCUGCUGCCAGAGGCAAGCCUCUCUCGCAAUCUUCCCUCCUCCUCCACUGAGCACCAUCUCACCAGCCCUGCUGUCCCUGGGCCUGUCUGCGAACACGGGGCGGGUCAGGAUUUUGCCUAUGAAUUGUCUAAAGCCCUGCAUUUCUCACCAGGGGCAACCUGCUUUGCCCUUUCAUUGAGGACAUUUUGCUGUCUCUCCGUACCACCUCCAAGGUAAGGGGCAUUUCCUGAUCCCUCCUGGGGGCAGACGGUCUGUGAGCUGGGCACGCUUCUCCGUGUGUGAAAGAGCAAAGCUGGCAAGCCAUUACCUUUCUUCCCACUGCUGGUGCGUCCCGAAGGUGCCACGGCCUGGACGUUCAGGCUGCUGCCCCUCGUUUGCAUUGGGCAUACGUAUUUCCCUAGUGCAGGUGCAGUGUGUGCACCAUCAAAGCAAGAGGCUUAAAUGUUCGGGGAGUGCAGGUUUGCUAUUCUCAUUUCCCAUCGGAGCAGGCACUUCCUGGGGAAGAAGAAACGCACGUGACAGCAGCGAGUGUGUUAAUGCGUCUUGUAAAAUAGCCGUCCGGGGACUCUACAAAUGAGGAGAAUUUGGGAAUGCAGCUGAAUGUAUCCUGCGGGGCACAUUGUCACGGGGCUGGAUCCACAUGUUGUCAGCUCAUCCUACACCUCUUUCCAUGAAGGGUGAUGACAGAUUGCCCACGCCUAGAGCGGUGGGUCUGUGCAACCACCAAAACAGCCGUGACCUUUACAACUUCUACCGACACCUCGGACUGACACAGAAGAGGCAGCACAGGGGCGAAGCGGGCGGAGAGCACGUGGCCCCGAACGAUGCAUAGUCGCUAACCGCUGCAUUAACAUCUUGGCUCGAAAAGCGGUACAGAAACUGAGCGGGCAGAAGACGCUUCCAGAAGCCGAGCUCGCCCGAUGCUGACUGUCCAUCACCACCCCGGCGCGUCCCUCCCUUCACCAGGAAAGAAAUCGCCUGUCCUGUUUCGCUGGAUCCGGCCCUCUGCCAAACCAGGCUCGAAGAAUGACAAGAAACAAACCGCCCCCACCCCCAAAUAAAAGCCACACAUUCAGCAUGUUAAACCUAAAAAGUCCCCGAGCCUGCAGCGUUCACGCUCUCUUUUGCAUGUGCCUUUUUGUCGAGCGAAUGCAGGAUGCCAAACCACACAAGCUAGAGAUACGAACGCUUUACCAGACAUCUGGUCCCACCCCUGCCAGAUACAGCGCCCAGAUAGCGGCUGCAGAGAGCAGGCGGGUAACCGUGCUGUCAGCACGCUCUGCCUGCUAAUGCCCCGAGCUCGACAGCGUGUGGCUACGGCGCUCAGCUGGGGCUCGGGAGAAACGAGCCAGGCUCCUGCGUCUGCCACCGAGUCCUGGUACAACCUGGGGUGAAGGAAUUACCGUAUUCCUUCCCAUGUAAGAUGUGCUUGUUCAGAUGUGAAAUAUUUCUUCUAAAAAUGGCCCGCGUCCCAAAUGUAGAGUUUAAAAAAGCUUAAGACGCUCGUUGGAGUUGAGCAGAUGCCCAGAGACAUUAAGUCCAUAAAGAAACACUCGGGGGUUAUGGAAAGCAGGACUCAGGUCCCAUCUGCUGUUGGCAAAAUGGACAAAAGGAGAGAGGUCUCCAUCUCGGCUCCAUCUGGAGCCCCUCCAGAUACACGCGUGUCAUUUGUCACGCAUGCAGUUUGCCGGGGACAAGGUGGUCCGGUGCCCUGUGGACCGUGGCAGCAUCUAGGUGGGCUUGGAAACUCCUUGAAUGACCUUGCUCAAGCCCACCUGCUGCUAAGGGGCCUGUGGAAAGGCAGGGUGGUCUGGAGUAUGAAACGUGCCCCGAGCAGCAAGUGCCCGAGCAUAGGAGCCGCAGAGUGGGCAACGGGACGCUGCGGGGCUGGCGGGGCUGCCUCGGCGAAGCCCUGCCGGACCCCCUGCUCCCGCAAUGCACUGGGAUGACGGCGCUGCCCAGCAUCGCCCGGGGUCCUUCUAGCCCUGCUCAAGCAGGAUCGUCUACUGGAAAACAGCAUCCCAAGCCAGGUACCAGAACCAGCGCUCACGAGGGCUGGAGGAAAACCCCGUCACUGCGGCAAAGCCGCUGGGAUUUUGGAAAGCCGAAAUCACCGGUUCUUGCUUUCAGCAUCAGGGAGUCUGUUUGCCUCCCUCUUCUGUGUGCGAUAAGGCACAAAGCAGGGAGAAGAGGAUAGUCUAAUCUCGGUCAUGUGGCUUCAUGCACAGAUGGUCAGAAGGGGAAGGAGGAUCUGAAUAACGGUGCCUGUGUGCACGGGGCGGGGAGGGGGAACAACCUUCCAGUCAGCGCCGGUCUUGUGACUUUUCCUGACGUGCCUGUUCCAGCCGAUCAUCGUGCUGGAAAUGUCUCUGCGUGGGGCAGCCGAUCAGAAACCGGUGACAUCGGAGCAGAGACCGCACAGGCCCCCAACCGCCCUGUCGGGCUUCCAUCUGGGACAAAAAACAGGGCCCUUGGCACCAUUGUGGUCCUGCUGUCCUGGACCUCAGGCGUAUUUCCCACGUCCGAUCGUUUCUUCCUGGCCUGACAGCCCGGAAGCCGGUCCGGAUGGACAGCAGAAUCCAAGCUAGGCUUCACCGGAGACUGGCCUGGGUUAAAAGCAGCCGCGGCCCAGUUUCAGACAGACACAGGUCUCGCCCCGAGCUGUUCGUGUUCUUGGAAGAGAGAGACGAGCUUGCACCUGGCUCCUUUGGUCAACCUGUCGGUGCUGCACAUGUGCAAAGGCUGGAAGGGCCAGCUGCCAGCCCAGGCCGAAGUGUCAGUGUCUGGACAGUGGCCCCGCUCUCCUCCACCUCCGAGAAGCAGAGGGAUGAUCUCGACGGCGCUGCCUCGCUCCUGCCAGGGCGGACAGCAGUUCUGCAUCUCGCAUUAUGCUGCUUUGAGCAGUGGUGUUGUGACGAGACAUCUCCCAAGCCCCCUCUGAGCCGCAUCCUUGAGGGAGGUGUGGGCUGCGGCACUGUCAGCCCCCGCCCGCGGUCUCACUGCGGGUCUCGUGGUGGUGGGCCCUGCUGCUGCUGGAGGAGCCCUGUUAUCCAGACUUCCACUUCAGAGCAAGUUCCUGGCCUGGGUGGCUGCAGAGGACAGCUUGGGGGUGUGACAGAAAGCCUCAAAAAGGCACAAAGCAGGGAAAGAUGGGCUCCCGAUCUGCCUUAAAGCAACCCCACGAUAGCUUAGGCACUCCCAGCUUUGUGGGAGCCUGGUUCACUGACUGGGGGCUGCAGGGGUUGGAGAGAUGCAGCUCCCUGUCUCCUCCUGCAGCACUGCACCAACCCACUCCUUCCUGAGCUGCUCCGGGCAGUGCCCCCUCUCUGCCCCAGGAUACUUCCCCUUACGAUCCAGGCCCUCUGGGCUCCCCGGGCUGCACUGUGGGGCCUGGACCACGAUGCCACGGGUUCCCGGGUCUCUGGUGCAGGACUGCCCCGGUUUGGUUCCUGCCUGGAGCCGGCCCCGUGCUUUCCACCAGGGGGAGUUCAGUGGCUUGCGGAGCAGCCCACGCAGCUCCUGGCGCAGGGCACCCGGGGGCCAGAGCUCCAGGGCAGGAGAGCGGGAGCAGACGGCUGCGGGACAGUGCAGCGGCCAAGGCUGGGGUGCAGCGGGGCGGACACGGUGCUGGGCACCCUGCUUUGGUUUUCAAAUGGGCUUGUCUCUAUGCUGAGACCCAGUGGAGGGAGGCUGUUCUCAGGGCACAUGGCCCGAUUCGGCUUGCAGCACAAGGGAGACGGGCCCCUGCCCUUUGGGGAACGGACCGUGCCAAGGCCAGGUGCAAGGCCAAGGCAUGCAGAGGCAGGAUGCGCAACGGGGGUCAGCGGGGAAAGAGGUCCCAGUUACGCUUGCCCCAUCUCAGCGACGACCCCGGAUGAAAGGGGAGCCGCGUGCACAGCAAUCCUCUCCCCGAUAAGCCAGCCGGGGAUCUCUCGGCGGGUCAGAGUACCAUCCAGGAGCCCGCCUGGAGGGGCGCGGGAGCACCCAGCAGACCUCGGCCGCAGCCAGACCCCUUGACCCCAGCGGACGAGGAGGGCCGGGCGUCUGUGCCACGGCGCUGCGAGGCUCUUGUGAAACGACUGCAAACUACAUUAGCUGCGAUUGCAUAAUAUUUAAAUUGAUUAAAGGAGCCAGCUCAGCAUUUUUGUGUUAAAGAUUAAACACAAUUGGAAAGAAAAGGCAGCCUGAAAGCUGACACCCAGGGCCCGGGUGAUAACAGCCCAGACUUGUUAUUUCGAUAAUAAUUUAGGGGGGGGAGGCGUUGCUUUGCCAACCAAUGGUGCAUCGUUCUUUUAUUAACUCCUUCUGAGCUGGACUAAUGGGGGGGAGAGUCCUAACAGAGCCCCCCCACAGCUGCUGCUCCGGUCCAUACAGUGUAGUGACCGGGGAACCACGUGCAAGCAGGGACCCGGGGGGUCAAGGCCAGCUGUAAGCGUGGUGCUCAGUGCCAGCACAGCCUGACAGCGUCUGAGGGCAUGGGUCUGACUAAUCCAGCUGUUUGAGCAAAUCAGGCUUAACGAUGACAGAUCCAGCGAUGCGAGACCCGGUUGCUCGUGGUGAGAGGUCCGUUCUCAGCCUUGCUCGCAGGUCUGCACGGCUGUGUAGGGCAUUGUAUGUGCCCUGCCUUUUUCUUUGCUGCCUGGCCGUAGUGGUGCGAAGGUGAAGCCUUGGUGUUCUCCGCUGGGAAGAAGUGUAAUUAUCAUUGUUAAUGAUUUAUAGCGUGGUGCUGCCUGAAGGCCUCAGCCCGGGUUUGGCUCUGUGGUCCCAGGCUGUGGACACACAGGUGAGGAGAAAUGCCUGUCCCGGGGGCUCACAGGCUCUGAGGCACAGGUGUGGCUCAGUCUUGAAGGCCAGGACAUAAAUGAGCUCAAAUGACGGCAUCUGACCCAACGGCAGGUAUGUGAGGAGUCAGCGAUGUCCUGGACAGGAGAGCAACCCCAGCGGGAUCACGGCUUCAGCACCGACCCCUGAGGACAGGACAACCAGGCCCAGUAUCGUGGGGCAGAGCGGGUGGGCCUGAGCCAAGCAGGGCAGGGAGUCCCUCGAGGUCAGUCACUGCAGCACGUGGAGAUGAUCAGGGCUGUGGGGGGUCACUCACGAGGAAGCCUUGGUCUGGGUCCUGAAGGGUUAAAAGCCAUCGCUGCCUUUUGGUGGAAGGAGACAAACCGAGCGGGAAGAAAUAGCAGCCACAACAACAGAGCCGUUAUCUAUGUGCAGGAGGGUCCCACCCCACCCUGCGUGCUGGCGCAGGGAGAGGGCUCCGUCGGCGCCCGACCCAGCAAAGCCCUUUCCUCCAUACAGUCGUCACCGUUGUCAUGUCCCGCUCCUGAUGGGACUGGCAGGGGUAGGAAAGGACCCGUGCGCGGGAGGAUUUCAAGCCCCCACCUUCUUUUAGCUAAGGAGCCUUUCUCCCUUGGUCACAGCUAUGGGCUGCGCUGCUAGCAAAGCAGGACAUACGGAUACGUGUACGUCCACAUCCCAUGGGCAAAGGUGCGGGAGGCCCAUACGGACUCUGUCCUUGCUUUUAAGCCUCCAAUUUGUAAAUCAAACAGUGGUGGCAUCUGGAAGGCCAUGCCAGGAGAAGCCUGCUCAGAGAGGAAACGCUCUCGGGCAGGCCCUUCCCAGGGUCUUCCCCACGUCCUUCCCCCUCUGCCCUUCCUGCCCACGUGCGGGCAGCCCCGCUGGGGUUCGCCCUGCAUAGAAGAGCCGUGGCAGCAAAAGGUGGGUGAGCAGAUGAGCAGCGCCCAGUCAUGUGCCUACGCCGGGAGAAGUGGAGCCCUCGGGGAGGCUUCUGGCAUCCGACCGGUUGUAUCAGCACCUGAUCUUCCCCGGCUGUGCUCAGAGUCGGUGCCUGUGACCCGGCUCCUCGCUUUUUGGCUGGGCUCCUGCUUCAAACCUGGGGGUUUGCUCAGGUUUAGCAGGGAUGCUCGGCCCCCCUGUAACCAGCCUGCUGGCAGGUCUAGGAGUCAGACGACAGGAAACGAAUGAGUAACGCAGUGCUCGACACAUGAGAGGACGAGGGAGAUAAAAGAACCCAAACCGCCUGUGCACGCCGCACAAGCAGAACGAGGCGCUGCGCCGCCGUAGGGAAUCGAGUCCAGGUGACUGGCAGGCUGGCUCCCGAGGCGCGGAGGGGCCUCGCGGUCACACGCUCCCAAGGACUCGACGUGAUGGGAACGGCAGGCUGGUGGGAAUGCGGAGUGUGGAGGUGCAAUUUGGUUUCACAUCCCUCCACUUGCAGGAAAAGCUGGGUGUUCAUUCACAGCCACUGGCAGUGGGGAGCACAGCGUAGCCCUUCAUCCAGACAACGAACCCCCUAGCUUCUCCUAGACACAACUAUGCUUAUUCUGCAGUGCUGAUCCCUGGAGCAACGUAGGGCGCUUGUAUUUUUAAAACAAAAAAAGUACCAAUGAAAUAGGGGGAGUAGGAUCAACCUGAGUGCUUUGGGACUCUGCUCUGCCUCCCCAGUGGUAACCGCUCGUGGAGUUAUUCAGCAGUCCUGGACAAGUGAUGGCUAGGUGAGCCCUCGCCCUGAAGCAGGUGACACUGAACUCUACAACCACAGGUUUCUCUUUUCAGGUCUGAAGAAACCCCCAGACUAAAAGCAAAUCUCAUCUGAAAUGGCUGCCCUCUCAGUGGGCUUCAUUACUGGCUUGUUUCAUUAGCACAAGGCUGAUGCGAUGACACCUGAAGUUUUUUUUGGCCUUGAUGGCGCACUGCAUGCUGUGACCUGCAGCAGCAAGUGACGGAUGAGAAACACCUGCAACCUGCUCCAGUCUGUGCAAUUCAAGUGCCAUAAAGGCAGGACCAGAGAAGCACAGGUCUAUAAGCAGGAUUUAUUGGCCAUGGUUGCUGCAGUUACAAAAUAGUUGUUAGCUUUGUCUCAGCCAUCUCUAACUAAGAAAUGGGUUUCAGGGGCUAGGUGAAUUCAUAAUUACUAACUCACUUGUCCUGAAGGAACUAUACUGCAGCCUCAAAAACUCAGAUGAGCAGUGGUGGAGGCUUCAAACAACGCGGAGACAGAGAUGGAAGGAAGAGGAGGACCAAAGAUGUUAUUAAACGCUCUGGGACUUACCCCGAAGAAACAUGCAGGAGAGAGAUCAAGGGACUGAGCAAAUUCUUCUAGGCACGGAUCCGGAAAACACUGCCAACUGUAUUGUUUUCUACUGUAAUAGCCCCAUUGAGGGCAGCGUGCCAAAUGAGAGGUGAUGACUUAAUUGAUGGAAGUCUUUUCACUGAUUUAGACUCCGUUGCACUGCGAUUCAUUUCGACCUACUUGCAGUCGCUCAGAGUCCAUGUGAGAGAGUCGUUUUGAUGCCUAAGAGCAAGAGGAAGGUGCAAGGGUGCAUUAAAGGAACUUAGACCUCUUUAUAUCUCCUGGCACUGAUGUGUCUAGUAGCUUAGAUUCCUGGGCCCAAAGGAAAUGCAAGUUGGGGGUGCUAAGGGAGUCCAUUUGAGACCAGGAUGAUUCUAAAAAAUUCAAAAGCUAGAGAACUUAAAAUCCCUGCAAUGAAACCCUUUUUGAUGGGAUUUAAGCAUCUGCCUGCGCCGUGUGCAAAAUACGCACUGUGGCAUGAUAGCUGAGAAUCAGCAAGUGGAAGCGGCUAUAACCAGGAGUGAAAGAGGCUGGUCCAUUUUCAUCAUCCAGGCAGAGACAGAGAUGGAUUAAAUGCUCAGGGCUUUGUGAAAAGCACAUUUGAUUCGUGUCUGCAGUUGUUGUAGGGUUUCUAAUCUACAGCGUUGGUGGUUAUGCCAUCGAGACUAGGUUUGGAAUACAUAAGACCAGCUUCUCUGCUAAUACAAGGAGCGAGGCUGAUCUGCACUCGCUGGAGAGCCAUCUCAUCGCUUUGAUCUUAAAUGUCCUUUUGAAUCUUGAAGUCCAAGAGCUAAUUUCCCUUUCAAAGUUCGACCCAACUUCCUCGUUACUUUAGCUGCACGUGCUUGUGUGCCCUGGCACCCUGCGUGGGGCAGAAAUCUGCCUGCUUAGAAAGACUUCAGCGGUUUGGAUUGAGCUGUGUUAUUGCUGCAAUUUGGUCUCCUGCUUACAUGCCCAGCUGGUUUUUGGGCACCAGCAUCUGUGCCUUAGAAAGUAUAAUGUGAGGCUGUGUUAACGAAUGCAACCCCCGUCCGUUUCCUGCUCUUUCCCCUGACUUUUACACCAGGCCGAUCUGUGCAUUUGCUGUUGUCAGCAUGAAGCUUUUCUGCAGUUCCUCUCUUCAGACCUUCUGCUUUGUUGACUCUCAUUCAUUUCAGAUCUGAGAGAGAGAAUAUCCCUUUGCUUCUCUGGCUAUGCCACUCACCUCUCACCUCUGCCAGUUAUGGCUUACAGUUAGGCAGCAGAAACUGGCUGUGCUUAGGGCACAUUGCAAGAGUCUGAGUUAACACGUGGCACUGAAAGUGCAAACUGGUGCCGUGGUAAUUAGCCAGCCAACAGGUCUUGGCAUCUUUGAUGGGCCAUGCAGAAUCCUCAUGACUCCCCGGAAGAGCAGGUAAAUAUGUUUGAUAAUAUUUGCAAUUAAAGGAAUGGGGUAUUA